CGCCGGCGAUCCUCCUCUCAUCCCACGUCGCCUUUUGUUUCUCUCUCCCUCUAUUUCAUCGUGUCGCCUCUUAUUAUUGUCUCAUCCAGCGCCUAUUCGAUAUCACCUUGAACAUGUCGCCUCAAAUGCCAUUGUUCUCACAAUAGCCAAACCACCAAUCCUAUAUAUACAUUUUAUAACCCAUCGAACAAUUAUUCCUAACAAAACACAAUGGACGGCCCUCCUCCCCCUCCCCCUCACGGCGAAAACCCCCACACCACCCAGGGCGAAUACCGCAAGACCUCCGACCUCCCGCCGGGGAACUACGAUAUUUUUAUCAUCCCCCCUCACUCUGCCGGCUCCGGAUUUCUCUACCUUCCCUCACUCCAACCCCAACGCAACAGUUUCAUCGCCGGCUGCGUCUCCACCUUAUUCGUCAUCCUGCUAUGGGUUAACCUGUCCCCGAUUCUGAAAACAUGGUACGUCCUCAUGGUCACAAGCGGCAGCGGCAUAGGCAUCACGGUGCUGGCCAUCGCAGUCGGUGUCGCCGGUUGGGCGUUUGGUGUUUCACAAUCAGGUUCUGGAGGUGGCCGACGGCCAAAUUUCGGGUUUAGCAGCGGGGGUCCAGCGGGUGGACCCCCAGGCAAUAGCGGGGGCGAGUACAGUCGGGGCCAGUACGGGGCCCAGGGACAGGGCCAGAGCCAUCCCGGUGGACAGCAAGGACCGCAAGGGCAACAACAGUACGGGAACAACUUCAACCCACCCCCCGGUGCGGGUAAUUAUAGCGGGAAUCAGUACAGUGCCGGCGGUGGGCCCGGAAGUGGACCGCCCCCGCAACCGCCGCCGCAGGCAGGCGGAUCAAACAAGACAGGUUCGUCUGCCACCGGCUCUGAAAGCAAACCUCAGAGUGGAGCUGAUUGGGAGAAGGCCCGUGAAGAGACCCGGCGCAAGGAGGAGCUUCGCCGCAAGAUGGAGGAGUUCCGGCGGAAGCGGGAGGCCGAGCAGCGCGAAAAGCAGAAGCAGCGCGAGCGCGAGGCCAUGGAAAAGGAGCUGCGCGAACGUCGAGAGCAGCUCGAAAAGGAAAUGGCCGCCGCUAAAGAGGCGGCCGCCCGAGAGGCUCGCGAACGUGCGGAGCGCGAAGCAGCCGAGGCCCGGGCUAAGGCCGAGAAGGAGGCCGCAGAAACACGAGCCAAGGUCGAACGAGAAGCAGCGGAGGCUCGUGCGAAAGCCGAGCGAGAAGCCGCCGAAGCACGCGCCAGAGCCGAACAGGCCCGCGUCAAAGCCGAGCGAGACGCAGCAGAAGCGCGUGCCCGAGCGGAGAGAGAAGCCGCCGAGGCACGCGCCAAAGCCGAGCAAGAGGCCCGAGCAGUUCGCGAACGAGAAGCCCGGCGGGCAGCGGAAGCCCGCCAACGAGAGGCGCGCCGCGCCGCGGAAGCCAAGGCCCGCGCGGAAAGAGAGGCCGCGGAGGCCAAGGCCAAAGCGGAGAAAGAGGCAGCCGAAGCCAAGGCCAGAGCGGAAAAGGAGGCCGCGGAGGCCAAAGCCAGAGCAGAAAGGGAAGAGGCGGAGCGCAAAGCCGCGGCCAAGAAAGAGGCAGAUGCCAAAUUCGCCGCCCUCAAAGAGGCCGCCGCGAAGAAAUACGCCGAAAAGAAAGCCAAGGACGCCCAAGAAGCAGCCGCCAAAGAAGCCGCCGCCGCUGCCGCCAACAAGAAAGCACCACCCAACACAUCCAUCCCCCGCAGUCCAUCUCCCAAGAAACCCGCCUACACCCGCACCACUACCACCACCACCGACACAGACAGCGCAUACACAACCUCCUCCUUCCGACCCCAAGACCGUCCCCGCCGUCCCUACGGCGGUGCCUCCUCCGUCUACUCCGAUUCCUCCUACGCCCCAUCCCAAUCCACCGCCCGCACCACCCCACCCCCAUCCAACCGCGGCGCGUACGAAACCAAAGACCCCGACAAGAUCGUAAUCAAGGGCGUCUUCGAAUUCAACAACACCUUCGUGCGCAGCCCCGUCGCCCAACUCGUCUCCGGCCAAGGCAUGGUCAGUGACGGGCUCGUCCUGCGCAUAACAACAGAAGGUCUUUUCAUCGACGACGAAGUCCGCGGUGUUGGCCAACGUGAAUGGGACAUUAAAGCCUGGACCAUGAACCUCGUCGAAGUCUGGUGUCCCCAAUACGGCAACAACCAACGCCAACCUCCUAAGCCACCGCCCGGUCCUUUCAAUCGUCGCUCGAAUGAACCUACCCCUGAAGAAUCGGAAGCGUUCUUGGGUAACUUGUUGAAAAUGUGUAAGAAUACGUGCCGAUUAUCUAUGGGAGGGGGUGAGGAGCAGCGCAUACUUCAUGUGCUGAGGGCUUCAGUGAGGGAUCAAGAAGGGAAACGGUAUGUGUUUGUGUUGCAGGAGACGGAGGGGUGGAAGGUUGCGAUUGGAUUGCAGAGGUUGAGGAGGGGGACGUUGUCGAGGGCGUUGGGGGUCACGGGGCUGGGGGUUAAUGAGAGUAGGAUGAUUUUGUCGGGGUUGGGAUAUGAGUGAUGCUUUUCUUCUCUUUUCUUUAUUUCCUCUGUUUGUGUUUUAUGAUGAGAUUGUUGUUCAGAUAUCCCUAUGUUGAUAUGAUGCGUGAUGUAUAUACUAAUGACUUCAAGUUGCUGUUGUACAUCUUCUCAGUAGUGU